GCCGAGGGGAGUCCCAUGGAAGCCAAGCGCCGAAGGAGGGGGCCCGCCGGCGGAGGAGGAGGAGGAAGAGGCCCCGGGAAGAAGCAGCUGGAGGAUGCCGGUCCUCCAACAAAACUAAGUAGAAAAGGUGAUGAAGAUGGCAAGCCUAAAUUUAAACGUAAGAAAUUUGAGAGAGGAAACAAAAAGCCUGGUAAAACUGGAGUGAAACAAUUCAAGAGUAAACAACCAUCAGAAAAAUUUACCAGGAAGCGCAAACUUCAAGAUGAUAAAGAAGGAGGCUCGGCGCCUAAGAAGCCUAAAUGGGACGACAUCAAGAAGAAGAAGAAGGAGCUGAAGCAGAGCCGACAGCUGAAUGACAAAGCCAACUAUGAUGUGGUGCUUAAGGGAAAGCAGAUUUGGGAAUCUUUGAGGCAGAAAAAAUGUGAGAAGGAGAAGCGGGAGAAGAUGUUGAGUGAACUCCAAGAGAUGCUUCGUGGGAAAAUAAAAAAUAUGUCGUUUGCUCACGAUUCGACCCGUGUCAUCCAGUGCUACAUUCAGUUUGGCAACGCAGAGCAAAGGCAAGAAGUAUUUGAAGAACUGAAAGAUAGUUUCGCCGAACUAAGCAAAGCCAAGUAUUCCAGAAAUGUUGUGAAGAAGCUUCUUGCCUAUGGAACGAAGCCACAAAUUGCGGAGAUAAUCAAAAGCUUUAAAGGCGAGGUCAGGAAGAUGCUGCGCCAUGCUGAAGCGUCGGCUGUGGUGGAGUACGCCUACAAUGACAAAGCCAUUUUGGAGCAGAGGAACAUGUUGACUGAGGAGCUGUAUGGGAACACAUUCCAGGUCUACAAGUCAUCAGAACACCCAACUUUGGAGGAAGUGUUGAAGGCUCAGCCUGAGAAGCGGGAGGCCAUUCUGGAUGAAAUGAAACAGAUCCUGACUCCAAUGGCGCAAAAGGAGGCCGUGAUAAAGCAUUCGUUGGUGCAUAAAGUCUUUUUGGACUUCUUUACCCAUGCCACCCCAAAACAGAGAUCGGAAAUGAUUGAAUCAAUCAGAGAAUCUGUAAUCUACUUGGCGCACACGCACGAUGGAGCCAGAGUUGCCAUGCAUUGCCUGUGGCAUGGGACCCCGAAGGACAGAAAAGUCAUUAUGAAAACCAUGAAGACUUACGUUGAAAAAAUAGCUAAUGGCGAAUUCUCACACUUAGUUUUGCUGGCGGCAUUUGACUGCAUUGAUGACACUAAGCUUGUGAAACAGCUAACUAUAUCUGAAAUUAGCGAUUCCUUAACCAGCAUUGUAAAUAACAAAUAUGGAAGGAAAGUCCUCUUGUACCUGUUAAGUCCCAGGGAUACUGCGUAUUUCUCACCAGCAAUAAUCAAAAUCCUGGAACAGGGUGAUGGAAAUGCUCAUAGUAAAAAAGAUGUAGAUGUUCGCCGUCGUGAACUUCUGGAAGCUGUUUCUCCUGCCUUAUUAAAGUACCUGAACGAACAUGUGGAAGAAAUGGUGAUGGACAAGGCAACGUUCAUUGUGGUGAUGGGGAUCUUCAAGGCUGCCGUUGGCGACGUCCAGCCAGCUAUGAAGUCCAUUGCUGGCCUAGCGGCAAGAGAGAUGGUUCCAGGGGGCAAAGAUGGGGAGCUUCAUAUUGCAGAGCAUCCAGCAGGUCACCUGGUUCUGAAGUGGCUGGUUGAGCAAGACAAGAAAAUGAAGGAGAGCGGCCAGGAAGAAUGUUUUGCAAAAAUACUCAUAGAGCACGUGGGCAUUGAUCUUCUGAAGACCUGGGCAAACGUCAAUCGUGGUGCAAUUAUUCUGUGUCGCCUCCUUCAGAGCUCCGAUCAGGAAGUGGCAACAGAAGUAAAAGCUGGACUAAAAAGUAUUAUUCCAAAGCUUAAAAAAAGGACUAAAGAUGGCACAGCAGCAGGAAAGGCACUGCUGGAGAAAUUAUUGUCAUAACCUAAAGAAGUUAUGAAGUGGACAUCUUUUCCGUUUGUGGAAGCGAAUCCUCCUUUUAAGACAUCUCAAGGGCAGGUUUUUGGGGCAAAGAUGAGUUAACCUUUUUUAAAAAAAGCAACACAACACACAAUGUGUCAAUAAACACUUAGGCUUUUUCAGAA